AUGAUUUCGGUGAUCGUGCCGACCUACAACGAGCGGGAAAACAUACCCAUCCUGCUCUACCUCCUGGCCCGCCUUGGGCGAAGCCUUGAGGUCAUCGUCGUCGAUGACAACUCGCCCGACCGCACCGCCCAGGUCGUGCCUAAGUGCAAGGAUCUGCUGAAUCUGCCUGUCAAACUCGUCUCCAGGGAGGGGAAACUCGGGCUGGGCUCGGCCUACCGCGCGGGGCUUGAGCUCGCCGAGGGGGAGUUUGUGGUGCUGAUGGACGCAGACCUGUCUCACCUGCCGUGCUACAUCGAGCAGUUCGUCAAAGUUCAGAAGGACACCGAGGCGGACAUCGUGACUGGAUCGAGGUACGUGGCGGGAGGCGGGGUGCACGGCUGGCCGAUCCACCGCAAAGUCGUUAGUAGAGUUGCCAAUUUCCUGACCAACCAGCUAUUCCAGACUAAUUUCUCAGACCUCACAGGGUCCUUCCGGCUGUACAGGACCAGCGCCCUCAGGAGACUGCUGGCCGAUGUGAGCACGGUCGGCUAUGCGUUCCAGAUGGAGAUCCUGGUGCGGGAGAGGGCGGGGCUGCGGAUCGAGCAGGUGCCCAUCGUGUUCGUGGACCGGAUUUACGGCCAGUCCAAGCUGGGCCCCGGGGAAUUCGCCAAAUACUUGAAGAGCCUCUGGACGAUGCUCUGGGAGAUUUAG